UCUCUCUCUCAUUCAGACGAGGCACGCAGUCUCUCCUCCUCUGCACUAUAAACACACACACACGCAGACACAGACCCUUCACACACACUGCUACAGAGACGAGAGACGACACACUUGGACUUCUUUCACUGGGCAUUUUCUUCUAUACGGUUGAAAGGUCUGCUGAGGAAUCAUGGGACUGCUGAAAGUCUCUGUCAUCUUUCUUCUUUCAUUAAUCACAAUGACUUUAGCAGAACCGCCUGGAUGCAAGAUCCGCAUCACCGACAGAGGACUGGAGAUGCUGAAGGCCGAGACAAAGAAGUUCGUGGAAGAAGAGUUGAGUAACAUCACCAUGCCAGAGAUGCGUGGUAAAGAGGGCCGUUUCCAGUACACCAUCAAAGAUGUGAAGAUCACGGAGCUGAACCUGACGUCUGACCUGCGCUUCCAGCCUGAUGUGGGGCUGCUGUUCGAGGUGCAGAACUCCUCCAUCACCCUCAACUUCCAGAGACGCAUCCUUUACUGGCUCUUUUAUGAUGAGGGAGCCAUCAACGCCUCCGCUGAAGGUGUCAACAUCUUCACAGUCCUCCAUCUCAUCAAAGACAAGGACGGACGUCUCAAGAUCUCCAACGUCACCUGUGAUGCAUUCAUCACCAAGAUGAGGGCCAGAUUUAGCGGGACCCUCGGGAGGGUUUAUGACUUUAUCGGAACGUUCCUGACUACAGGAAUGCGCUUCGUCUUAAAUAAACAGAUUUGUCCUGCCUUGAAUCAUGCUGCACUAGUUCUGAUUAACCAGCUACUGGAAACAAUCCCAGUGCGCACGGAGGUGGACAGUUACGUGGGCAUCGAUUACUCACUGCUACAUGACCCCGUGGUGACAGAAACUAGCCUUGAUAUGGAUUUUAGGGGCAUGUUUUACGACCUGAAGAAUGAGAACGAGACACUCGUGAACUAUGCUGUGAAUCCGGUAGUGAGAGAGUAUGAUCGUAUGAUCUAUCUCUCUCUCUCCGAGUACUUCUUUGACAGCGGCCUCUUCUCUUACUUCAAAGGCGGACUGUUCCAAAUGCAGAUAGCAAACGAACGAAUGCCCAAGGACUUAGAGAUGCUUCUCAGGACCACCUACUUGGGGACAAUCAUGAUGCUGAACCCGGCUCUCAUGGAGCAUCCUCUGUCGCUGGAGUUAGAGGUCACAUCUCCUCCUCGCUCCACUAUCAAGACCUCUGGUGCCAGUGUGGCUGUCAACUGUAACGUCAAAGUGUUGGUUCUUCCUCCAGGAAAACCAGCAGUCCAGCUCAGCAGCAUGACCAUGGAAGGCAAGUUCAACGCAAAAGUAUCGAUGAAGGGCAAGCACUUGGCCAUUCAUUUAGAUCUGAGAAGGUUCAAAAUUUUCUCCAAUCAAUCUGCUCUCGAGUCUUUGGCUCUUAUUCCAUUGCAAGGUCCGCUGAAAACGAUGCUGCAGAUAUCAGUGGUGCCUCUCAUUAACAAUUACAUUAAGCGAGGUGUGCAGAUCCCUCUACCGGACGGGAUAGACUUCAUCGAAGAGGUGGUCGAGUAUCACAAUGGCUACAUCAUCGUGGGGGCAAACCUACACUUCAGAACAGGUCUGAGAGAAAUAAUCGAGAGGAAGCUGUCGGGUGAAACAGACAACUCAAUUUAAGACCAGAGAAGAGCCGCGCUAACAUUACUGCAUGUGUAAAGCCAUGCACAGAUACUAAAAUAAGGAGCAAUAAAUGGAGAACUAACCUUCCAGCAGAAGCAUGAUGUUUGUUAACUGUACAGAACAUUUGAUCCUCAAGACCUGCUAUCGUUACUGUCAACAUCAACUCUAAAUUUGCCCUAUUUAGUCUGUGAAUACGCAUUCCUGGUGUAAUUGUGUGCAAUCUGCACUUUACUCUGAAGAAAAUUUCAUCUGACAUGCUAUUUUUUCCCUAAUAUCUCCCCAAACGUAAAUGCAAUAAUUUAAUGCUGAAUUUUGGCAGUGUCUAUUUAUAAUGAGUGCAAAUGACCAAACUUGUUGGCAAAGGCUGUUUUCACUAUUGCUUAGGUAUUUCACCUUUAGCACAAAUAGCAUGUUACUUCUAUUUACACUUUGUGCAAACAGCAUCUAUCACUAUUUGCUCUCAGUGUAAAUACGGUCUAACUUGUUACACUUAGUGUAAAUAGCUGUUGCAUAACGAUUACACCAGUAUAAGCAAAUAAGUAUAUAUUUACAAAAAGCAGCGUUAGGAUACGUAGAGAUGCUCUUGAGGAGAGCAGAUCACAAACCAAUACAGAGUUACAUUCAGACAUGACUCGGUUCUACUAUCAAACACCCACCAUGGUAUGAAGAACCAAACUACUUUAUUCACAUUUCAGAAGCAAAAUGGGUUGCAAAUGCAGGUUCAUGUUGACUUUACACAAGUGACUGAACCCCAAAAACACAUGUACAACUCUUAGAUGUAUAAAACAAAAUGUAUUUGUACAUUUAGUUGAAUUUUAUAAUUUUUUGUACAAGUUUUAUCGUAUAUUGAUCGUUUAAUAUGUGAUUGGUUUGCCAUCCUCAUAUGUGAAUGAAAUCACUGUACCGCUUUAUUAAAAUUACUUGUUAAAAAUCAG